CAUUGCACCAAACCCUACUUGUCUUGGUAUGCAUAAUAAUUGGUAAAAGAAAACCCUUUCUGAAUCUCUCAACUCUUUUGAUCUGGUUAUAGGUUUUCUUACAAGAACGUCACUGCUCCUCCAGUAGGGGAACAUUUGCAGAAGCUGUCUUUAUCAGUUUGUUCUAUUUUUAAAGGGCUGAGGCAUUGUUGACAGACAAGAGUAUGAAAAUGGGUUCGGCGAAUGCCUCCAGUGAUUUGUCAUCAGAGGUGGAGGUGGAUGCUUUUAGACGCCUCUUUCCUCUACGCUUUCAUGAGCGUCAUCUACUUGAGUCCAUACGCCCUGAUGCCAGGCCACUUGGAAAAGCUAGAGAUACAACGCUUGCGCUUGGAGCUGUUGCAUCUGCUGAUGGGUCAGCCCUUGCCAAGAUAGGUUGCACUACCAUGUUGGCUGCCAUUAAGAUGGAAAUCAUGACCCCUACCACAGAGUCACCAGAUGAGGGCUGCAUAGCAAUUGAUUUCCAUAUGCCUCCAAUUUGUUCUCCAAUUGUUAGACCUGGCAGGCCAGCUGAGGCAGCACCAGUUGUGUCGAAGCAGUUAUCUGACACUAUCUCAAGUUCUGGCAUGAUUAAUUUGAAGGAGUUAUCCUUGGUGAAUGGGAAAGCUGCUUGGAUGGCCUACCUGGACAUAUACUGUUUGGAUGCUGAUGGUGCCCUUUUUGAUGCUGCAUUACUUUCAGCAGUUGCUGCCUUCUCUAAUUUGCAAAUCCCAGUAGUUUCUCUGAAUGAUGAUGGAAGAAUAGUAGUUUUUUCUGAGGAAAAUGGAGGAAAGUUGGAAAAGGAGCCAGUCAAUAAAGAGAAGAGAAAGCUCAAGCUGAGUAGAAUCCCAUUCUCCUUAACAUGCAUACUUCACAAGAAUUACAUCCUGGCUGACCCUACAGCAGAGGAAGAGUCCAUCAUGGAAACUCUUGUAACUGUGGUAUUGGAUUCAUCUUUUCAACUUGUAUCUCUUUACAAGCCGGGUGGACCAGUUCUCGCAUGUACAUCAGCUGUUCAGGACUGUAUCGCAUUAACAAGACAAAGAGUGAAAGAACUUCAGAAAAUUUUGAAUGAAGCCAUUUCUGAUAUGGAGGUGGACUAGGUUUACAAUGAUAAUGCCCCGCAUAUGGCAACAUUGGAUUGUAAGCUACUUUAUUUUUAAAUCAUUAAUGUUUAUCAUCUCAUAUUUCUGAGAUAAUGCUGGUAAUUUUUUUAAAAAUAUUCUCAAUAGGCAGUGUAAUUAAUCAAUUUUGGUUGCAUAUGUGGGAACACUUUCUCUUGUGCAUUUUAAGAGUGAGAUUAGCAUUUUUACUUGUGAGAGGUAUAACAUGGUGGUGAUAAUUUUUGCUUAUUUAUAUUUUUGGUUGAAAUGUUGAACAUAUAAUAAUAUGCAAAAGUUCAAAAUA